UUACACUAUGCCCUAUGUUCAUUAGCGAGUUCUGAGCUCAUCAUUAUAAUAUCAACUUUAAAGUUCAUAUGGCGGAGUUGUUAACAAACAGUUGCUAAUAUACACCUCCAGUAGUUACAGAGCAGCAUUAUCAUUCAUUUGGAGUCCUGUUUGUGUCAACCUGAUAAAUCCGGGCUGGACUCCUGUGCCUCUUAGUGCAUGUGAGCGUGCACCACUGGCUAGCUCAUACAGCGGUUACAGUGGAUAACGCCAUCCCGACCGUCAGCGUCGCAGCGGAAGCGUAGUGCCCACCCUCCGGUUCCCCCUCAGAGUCCAGAUUGAGAUCCGAUCGCUCUGUCUGAAAGGGCUGAGAGGAAGCAUCCGGAGGCUGCACUACGCACGGGCUUGCAGAGGAGAGUGUGGUGAGGUGCCUAAUGCACGGACACAUCAGCCUCAAAACGCAACCGUUUAGGAGGAGAGGGCCUGCAAACGUGACUUUGAGCUCCAGCGCCACCAUGGAUGAAGAACAGUGCUACUACAACGAGACCAUCGCCUUCUUCUACAACCGCAGCGGCAAGACCCUUGCUACUGAAUGGAACACCGUCAGCAGGCUGGUGAUGGGCCUGGGCAUCACCGUGUGCAUCUUCAUCAUGCUCGCCAACCUCCUGGUGAUGAUCGCCAUCUACGUCAACAGGAGAUUCCACUUCCCCAUCUACUACCUGAUGGCCAACCUGGCAGCUGCUGACUUCUUCGCCGGACUGGCCUACUUCUACUUGAUGUUCAACACGGGACCGAACACCAGGCGCCUGACCGUCUCCACGUGGCUGCUGCGCCAGGGCUUGAUUGACACCAGCCUGACGGCGUCCGUGGCCAACCUGCUCGCCAUCGCCAUCGAGCGCCACAUCACCGUGUUCCGCAUGCAGCUGCACACGCGCAUGAGUAACCGUCGCGUGGUGGUGGUGAUUGUCAUAAUCUGGACCAUGUCCAUAGUCAUGGGGGCCAUCCCCAGCGUGGGCUGGAACUGUAUCUGUAGUAUCAAGGAUUGCUCCAACAUGGCGCCGCUUUACAGCAACUCCUACCUGAUCUUCUGGGCAGUGUUUAACCUAGUGACUUUUGUUGUCAUGGUGACGCUAUAUGCCCACAUCUUUGUCUAUGUGCGCCAGAGGACCAUGAGGAUGUCGCGGCACAGCUCCGGACCACGACGCAACCGAGAUACCAUGAUGUCUCUGCUGAAAACCGUGGUGAUUGUUUUGGGUGCGUUCAUCAUCUGCUGGACCCCCGGCCUGGUCAUCCUCCUCCUCGACGUCUUCUGCCCCAUCUGCAACGUCCUCACCUAUGAAAAGUUCUUCCUGCUUCUCGCCGAGUUCAACUCGGCCAUGAACCCCAUCAUCUACUCCUACCGCGACAAGGAGAUGAGCGCCACCUUCAGGCAGAUCCUGUGCUGCCAGCGGCAGGAGAAUGUCAACGGGACAGCGGCGGAGGGAUCCGACCGGUCGGCAUCGUCCGUCAACCACACGGUGCUGAGCGGCGGUAUACACCACCACCACCACCACCACAAUAAUGAACACUCAGUGGUAUAAACGGAGAGGCUGGAGAUCACGGAGAUUAACCCAACUGCUCGAAGGGGUUAAUUUGUCUUGGAGAUACUGACUGAAACAAGGUAAACGGCAGCAUGGGAAGGUCGGGAGGGACUGCAAAUAUGAUACGAACUGAAGACAGUAACGUGAUAAAUUUGAGAAUGAAGAUUAGGUAGAUGUUAUGAUGAGCUGGAUGAGAUCACAAUGAAGAAGAGGAUGGUUACAUGAAGUAAGAUGACAAGACUUUAUCGCUGUGUGGAGGAAGAAAAGGGGGGGGUCUGAUCUUCAAGGACUCUGAUAGGCUGUUAGCAUUUUUGUGUAGUUGUUUAUUAUUUUUUGUGUUGUUAAGGACAACGCUGAUAUGAACUAUUUAAAAGUAAUCUGUGAAAUGAAGGUAAUGCCAGUACUCCAGUCUUCUCUAACUUUGUAUCCUCUAGACAUAGGUUUCAGACUUUUCCCCCUUGAUCCCCAUUCAUUCCAAGGUCCCAUAACAUCAUACACACACAUGUUACAUACAGACACCAUGACACUACCAUCGGAGUUUCCUUCACAUCCAUUUGAAGACUCAUUUUUGGGUGUGAACCCACUAUUCUUUCUUUUUUCCUUUAUGAUUGGGAGGAAAGACUUCAAAUCUGGAAAAAUGCAACCAGCACAUGCAGUUUUGUGCUCAUAACGUGCAACCGUGAAUGACCUUGUGGAGACUCAAGGAUUUUCUUGGUAGUAUUUGGAGGUUUAACUUUUUUCAAAAUAUAGGCGUCAAAGUGAAAAAUGUAUCGGACAUCCUGCCAAUGCUUCUUAAAUAGAUAAAUAUAUCAAUACUGACAUGUAUGACAUGUUUAGCGACUCACCAAAAAAAUGCUGUUGUUCCCUUUAUGGAUUGUUUAAGUAACCAGAGCCACCAUUCAUUUCCGCAGCACAUUCAUCGUUCAUCCUUUAAUGACAAGUGACCUUACGACCUAAAUACUUUCGGGACUCAUUAUUCUACUGAUCUUCUUCGCCAACUAAUAAAGCUUUAAUGAGUCCAGUUUCCUCUUUUGAUCCAACUUAAAUACAUGAAGGGUCCAGGAUAUUUUGUUUAUUCCCUCUAAGGAAUUAGAGACAAGUUGUUCCCGAGAUCUUACCAAAACGGGGAGGAUGUUUGCGUUUUUAGAGCAGGCUCUGUGCCACAGUGUUAUGUGGAGACAAGGUGAAGGUCAUUUCUGGUGAGAGUUAACAGCCUUCAGAUCAUGACAUGAAAUGUGCUGAUCUGUCUGACGCUCAUGGUUUUAUUAAGUGUCCAUGAGACUGAAAAGUGGUGGGUGGUAAGCAAAUAUGAAAGUUCAUAUUAUAUUGCCCUCAUUGUGAGCGGUGACAAGAUGGGUCAUUACGUCUUUAUAGCAUGAACAUGAAGAUAAAAUGGGUGUUAAUGAGUGCCUGUCUGAAUUUUAGUUUACAAACUCAAUUUUGCCACCAAUGAUACUGUAGUUUAGACUGCAAACACUGACCUGCAAAUGUCAUGGUAGUCCAUCUAAAUGUUGUAUUUCAGUCUGGACCAAAGAGGUGGACUGGCCUACAGGCUGACCGACCCUAGCAUUGCCAUCCAUGGAGGCACACCACUAGCUUGGCCAAUAAAAAUCCAGUUUGCAAUUGGUCAGUGGUGUAAAAUUGUGUCAGUGUGCCAUGAGCAUAGCUGAGAUUUAAAUCCACUCAUUCUAUUGUAUUCCAUUAUUUCUCUCCAAAAUUUGACUGUUAAAAAUGCUGGUCCCUACUGAACCAAUACUUAGCCCAGAAUCUGUGGCUUUUUGGCCCUGCAUAUAAAAUCAUGAGCUCCAUUUCAGCUCAGCCUCUAACACCUCUUAGCUUAAAGCUAGGGUUGGUAAUGUUGAGAAUCUAGCACGAGUACACUGGAUUUUAAAAAUGAUGCAACUGAAAAACCCAGCCCAGUGUUGCCAACUCUUUUCCAAUGAAAGUAGCUAGCAUCAGGUCUAAAAGUCACUAAAUCUAGCGGGAAAGUCAGCAACACUGACAGCCCGUCCCUUCAGGCCUCCCUCCAAAGCCACUCCCCCAAAAUUCUCAUGAUGAACGUAAACAUAUCAUAAUAAACAAUCAUAUUACAGUCCUGCCACAGCCACAGAUACCAGAUUUUUGUCUCUUUUUUUUUGUCAGAGCAUUUGAUUUAUUGAUUGCUGUCAGGAUGUAAAAGAGAAUUUCAACAAAUAUAACAAUUAAACAACACUUCCAACCCUACCUUUAAAAUCCAAAAAUCUUCAACACCAAUUUGCAUCUUUUAUGGCAGCAUUUGGGGGGAAAAAAUAACAUUUUAGAGUCUGCUCAUUUCUUUUCUGUGAGGAACUCAUGAAGUUCACUCCUACAGUAUCGCAGUCUGAUAGCGUCUGCGCGGCUUUACAAACACUCCGAGGAAAGUAUGAAAACAUCUUUUCUAUUUAGCCAGAAACUGAAUGUCAUGUACGCAUUUUUUGCUGCAACAGUGUUAUUGGUGAUAUGAAGUAAAUACAGAUGUCCAUCCAAAAUAUAUGAUGUUUUUUUUUAUGUCAUCAUAUGAGAUGGUUGGGAUUAUGAUAAUGUCUUUGUGAACCAGUCUUUAUUAGCAAGUGUUACAAAUAAUUCAAAUGUUUCGCAUAUCUCUUCCUCCCUCCCUUCUCGUCCCUCCUCGUGGCAUCUUGAACUGAGACGCAUCCUGUGUUUAAAGCUUCCCAGUGAAUUAAGUUGGCACAUAUUACAGAUUCUGUACUAACCUGUCGACAGGCAUAUAGUGGGGUUCUGAUAAUGUUGAUGUAUACCUUAACUUUAUGGAAUGUUUACCCACACCACAACAUUAAGCAUUUUUAGUCUUUUGUACUGACAACAAUGACGUAUCACAGUUUACUUAUAAUACUAACAAGAUAAAGCCGAGUUGAGCCAAUGCAGUGUUGAAUGGUGAUAUCUUAUUUCCACAAGUGCACUCCCCACCUUCUUCUCUGAAUUUGAGACUCUCUAAGCCAACAGAAAGUCAGCCUGGUGAUGCUACAUGCAUGACGUACAUUGUUAAGAAUCACCAGCUGAACGUUAAGUCGUGACUUGAAUCAAAACACAUUUUGGCCAAAAUACACCCAAAGAGAGCUGACAUGAAAGCGAGGAUCACGGCCAAAAACACAGUCAGAUGUUUGCCAGGCAGCAAGAUGUUUGCAGUGCUAAAAUGAAGUCAGCUAGUAUUUUUUGCCCGUUGAAGUUGGCCAAAAUGUUGCCCUGUUUAUGAGGCAACGUAAGUUCUUUUAUUUUUUCAGCGUGUACCCAAAAGGUUGAGAGUGGGGAGUGGAUUACUUAUGGUCUUUCCCCCGUUUAGACUUUGUUUUUGGCCUUUUAAUCUCCGGGUUGUGCCUCUACAUUAUAAAAAAAAUUAACAUUUUGAGAAAAAUUCCAAGGAAACAAUCUUAGAUAUUUUCUUCUUAAACAAUUUAACUUAAAAGUUUUGCCUUUGAGUUUGUCCACACUUUACUUCUGUUAACUUCACAACAAAGCUCUGGACCCAACCCUUCAUAUUUGACAUUCACUGUAACCAUUUUUCUAACAAAAGUAUUGAUUCAGGUUAUAUAGCAAACCAACUAAACUUUCUGUCUUUGUAUGUCUCUGUUUACCAGUGUGUCACUCUUCGUACACCAUUGUAAGUAUAUGUGUACAGUAUGUAUGUAUAUAAAUAUAUAUUAUUCAAAGUUAA